UUGUUUUGUUUUGAAAUUGUGGUUGUUUUGAAUUUUUUAUAUUCUAAUUUUAUUAAUUGUUUGAAGUUUAAUUAAGAUGAAGGAAGAAAUUUUCUCGCACGAAAUUAAUUAUCUAUCUGCUAAUUGUAACCAUAAACCUCAUGCUUUUGAUCUUAGAGGUAAUUUGAUUGUGUAUCCUUCAUGUAAUUCAAUUUGUGUUUAUGAUUAUGUUGAUCAUCAACAUAUUCAACUUCUUAAUGGACACAAUUCACAAGUUAAUUGUGUUCGGUGGAUUAAAUCAGUUGAUAGUUUUGUAUCAGCUUCUAAUGGCGGUCAAGCAAUAAUAUGGACAAAAGGUGAUAAUGGUUAUAUUCCUGAAUGUAAACUCUCAGUGCCUGAUGAUGGAUUGAUUAAUGUUCACACAAUCGUUACUUCAUUAAAUUGUCAAGGUUUCAAAAAGAAUCAUGUGAAUUACUUUACAUGUGCAUCUUUGACCAGUGAAAAGGUUGGAUUGUGGUUCAACGAUCAAUUUAUCGACUUUAUUGAGAUGAAACAAUUUAUUUUCGAUAUACGAUUAAUCCAAAGUGAUCAACAAAUGUUUGGUGAUGUUAUUUUCAUCAGUCUUGUUGGAAGCGGUUCAAUGGUCCAUCUCAUGGCUUUUGAUGAGAACAAGAAUCUUCAUAAACUAAUCGAAUUGGGUGGAAACGAAGACUGGAUACAGUCUGUCGAUAUAAUUUCCAUAAAUUCGAACUCUUUGUAUUUAGCUACUGGAUGUCAAGAUCACUUUAUAAGAGUUUGGAAAAUUUCUCGAAUUGAUACUAACCGCUCUGAGAAAGGUCGUGUAGCCGAACUAUUGAAUAAUUACUUCGAAGUGUCGAUCGAAACUAUUCUACUUGGUCACGAAGGUUGGGUUUACUCGGUACAAUUUGUUGAAAACUCUUCUGGUAAAGUUGGUCUUCUAUCCGCUUCAAUGGACAAAAGUAUUGUGCUUUGGUGUCAAGGAGAAGAUGAUGAAAUUUGGACAGAAUCUAUUCGAGUUGGAGAUGUUGGUGGAAGUGCUCUUGGUUUCGUUGGAGCUUUGAUUAACCCACAGCUUAAUUUGAUAAUUGGACAAUCAUUCAAUGGAGCCUUACAUGUAUGGAGAAAUAAUAAAGAGACUGGAUCAUGGAGUCCAGAGGUUGGUCUCGGAGGCCAUUGGGAGAUUAUCAAUGAUCUUUCAUGGGAACCCAAUGGAAAUUUUCUGUUAACAUGUUCAUUAGAUCAAACAACUCGUCUUCAUGCCCCUUGGGCCAGGAAAGAGUCUUCCAAAACGACUUAUCAUGAAAUCGCAAGACCUCAGAUCCACGGCUACGAUUUAAACUGUAUCACAGUGAUUGAUGGGUUAACUUUUGCCUCUGGUGCCGAUGAAAAAGUCAUCAGAAUUUUUGGUGCAACUAAAUCAUUUCUCCAAAGUUUCAUCAACAUUUCACAAGAGGAUUUAUCGAAACAAUUAAAAGUAAAUCGAGAGCUUCCCGAAUGUGCUAGUGUACCUCCGUUGGGUCUAUCCAACAAAGCGAUUUAUAGUGAAAUUGACAUGGACGAAUACUUCAAGUCAGUCGUUCUGGACAAACCUCCAUUGGAGGAGAUUUUACAACAAAAUACUCUUUGGCCUGAAAUCGAAAAACUCUUUGGACAUUCAUAUGAACUUUUCACUAUCACAUGUAAUCAUCGAGGUUCUUUACUAGCAUCAGCUUGUAAAGCGAGUAAAUCUGAAAGUGCCAAUCUUAUUAUUUGGAAUAUCGGUCAAAACUUUAAAAAGUUACAAGAACUUCACUUCCACAGUUUAACUAUUACCCAGACUCGAUUCUCUCCGAAUGAUCGUUACCUUAUCUCCGUUUCUCGUGAUAGAACUUGGUGUCUUUAUGAAUUACAAGAUUCAGAAUCAAACGUAAACAUAAUUAAGAUUGGAAACACCGAUAAGAAGACUUGUCUCCAUAGUCGGAUAAUUUGGGACGUCGCUUGGACUCCAGAUAAUCAGUAUUUCGUCACUUGUUCUCGGGAUAAAAAAGCCAUUGUUUGGGGAUUUGGUGGUGUUUCUGGUGACGGUGGACCAAGAAAUUGCUUGGGUCCUGUCAUGGCGAUUUCUGAUCACAAUUUAGUUCUAUCAGACCCAAUUAUCGCAAUUGAUAUCGCCAGAUAUCGUGAUUCAAAUGGUUAUGUUGUCGCUUUUGGUCUAGAAAAUGGCAACAUCAAGAUUUAUAAAUGGUCAAUAGAAACUAAUUGGAAGUUAAAAUUGUCAAUUGAUAAUUGUCACACAUCACAAGUAAAAAAAUUACGAUUUAAACCUGGGAAUCAAUCACCCGAUGGACUUUUAUUAGCAAGUUGUGGAGAUGAUCGGAAAACAAUAAUUCAUAAAAUUGUAAUUAACUAAUCAUCUAAAUGCUCUUUCUAUUUUCUAUUGUCAAUUAACUGAUUAUUUCUCUGUUCCUAAUUGAAUGACCUCGAAAAAGUUAAAAAAGAAAGCCAUCCAACUAAAAUAUCUUGAUUAAAAUCAAUAAUCGAUAACAACUUAA